AUGACAACUCUCAAAGAUCAAGCAAAACUUCGAAAUGAAACAGACGCAUUCUUCAACGCUCUGUUUAUACAAGCAAUCUUGGUUUCAUUGUGGACUUCUGUUUUGGAAGUUGUUUUACUCUAUGGAGUAAUCAAAAAUCGAUCAAAACUGUUGAGAGUUUCCAUGUACAUAUCGUUAAUUCACCUUACAUUCGACUUUGGGGGAAUCCUAUUCACUCCAGUAUAUUUCGCAAGCCAAGUUUCGUCUGGAUACAAAUCGAAUGACACUUAUCCUAAUAUUCUCGGUGUUAAGACUGCAGAAGAAGAUCGAUUUGUGAUGGGUCUAGUGACUGGAUACUCGGUGGAAAUUAUCAGUACUGCAUCAGUUGCUCGUGGGUUUAAUCAAAAAGAAAAAACCACAGAACAGCUCCUUUUUACAGUUUCUGUUCUUCAAUUCGUUCUGAUAAAUCGAUGUUAUGUGUACGCAAAGUCAAUAGAGAAGGGAUUUUUGGCACAGUCGAAACUAAGUGUUCUCCGAUUUUAA